AUGGCUCUCGACAACUACUAUCGCAAUAAGAUCGAGGGCAUGAAGCUCGAGAUUAUUCAGGGCCAGGCUGUUUUAAGACGGUUAGAAGCGCAGCGCAAUGACUACAACUCGAGGGUCCGUCUACUGCGCGAAGAACUGGGCUUGUUGCAACAGCCCGGCUCAUACGUUGGUGAGGUUGUGAAGGUGAUGAGCACCAAGAAGGUCCUGGUGAAAGUACACCCAGAAGGAAAAUACGUGGUGGACAUUUCCGAUGGUGUGGAUAUCGGCAAGCUGGUCGUGGGAAAGCGUGUUGCCCUUCUGUCUGACACCUACAAGUUGGAAAAGAUGUUGCCAUCCUCAGUUGAUCCUCUGGUUGCACUCAUGAUGGUCGAGAAGGUUCCCGACAGCACCUACGACAUGAUUGGUGGCCUGGACCAACAAAUCAAGGAAAUCAAGGAGGUUAUCGAGCUUGGUCUAAAGCAUCCUGAAUUGUUCGAGUCUCUCGGAAUUGCACAGCCGAAGGGUGUCUUGCUCUAUGGCCCACCCGGAACCGGCAAGACCCUACUUGCUCGAGCGGCCGCCCACCAUACCGACUGUCGAUUCAUCCGAGUCAGCGGUUCCGAGCUAGUUCAGAAAUACAUUGGUGAAGGUAGCCGGAUGGUGCGUGAGCUUUUCGUCAUGGCACGAGAGCAUGCACCAAGUAUCAUUUUUAUGGAUGAGAUCGACAGUAUUGGAUCAAGCCGGAUAGACUCAGCAGGAGGCGGCGACUCAGAAGUGCAGCGCACCAUGCUGGAGUUGUUGAACCAGUUGGACGGUUUCGAGCCAACGAAGAACAUUAAGAUCAUCAUGGCGACCAACCGACUGGACAUUCUCGACCCAGCCCUGCUUCGGCCUGGACGAAUUGACCGAAAGAUUGAAUUCCCUCCUCCAUCUGUCGAAGCUCGUGCUGACAUCUUGCGAAUCCACUCCCGAUCGAUGAACCUGACCCGUGGGAUUAAUUUGACCAAAAUUGCUGAGAAGAUGAAUGGAUGUUCUGGAGCGGAGCUGAAGGGUGUUUGCACGGAGGCAGGCAUGUAUGCACUACGCGAGCGUCGGGUCCACGUCACACAAGAGGACUUUGAUUUAGCCACAGCCAAGAUCCUCAACAAGCACGACGACAAGGAGGUUGCCGUGUCGAAACUGUGGAAGUAA